UGAUCAAGGUGCCAUUUAAGAGGAGGACAAAGAAACAUCUGCAAAUAUUGUCAUUAUUCAAGUCCAUAAAGGACGAUGGCAACAGAGCUUCUUUAUGAUACUCUAGAUGACCUGAAAGAACAUGAUAUGAAGAGAUUUAAGGGUCUCUUAAAACAAGAUGGAUGUGUUGGAGCUGGUAAACUGGAGAAGGCUGGUGUCACUGAUAUAGUGGACAUAAUGAUGGAGUAUUUUGGAGCAGAAGAAGCUGUGAAGAUCACACUGAACAUCCUGAGGAAGAUGCACCAGAACCAGCUGGCUGAAGAGUUACAGAACAACUACACCGAAUUGCAAAAAUCAUUAGAGCCAGCAGUAAAACACACAAGAAAACAAGAUGAUUUCUGGCUCCAUAAAUUCAUGAAAACUCACAAAAUGAACAUGAAGGACAAAGUAGAAUACAUUUUUGAGUGUAAAAAGGAAAAUGAAGCACACCUCAAGGAUGUUUUCACAGAACUCUUCAUUACGGAGGGGGAUCUUAAAGAAGUCAAACAAGAACAUGAAAUUAUGAAGAUUGAUGACACCAUUAAACCCCGUAAAUUACAGAACAGUUCAAUCGAAUGCAACAAUGUAUUUAGUCUAAACAAAAAUAAGAAAAAGAUUGUUUUGACCAAAGGCAUCGCUGGCAUUGGAAAAACAGUCUCAGUGCACAAAUUCAUUCUGGACUGGGCAAUAGGAGAAGCCAAUGAGGAUAUAAACUGUGUUUUCCUGCUUCCAUUCCGAAGGAUUAACUGCAUUAAAGACAGAAAGAUCAGUCUGCAUGAGUUUCUACAGAUAUUUAACCCAGAGCUGGAAGACCUGGAAAAAACAAAGAUAUGUAAGAUAUUUAAUUGUAAGCUUGUGUUUAUCUUUGAUGGACUGGAUGAGUCUCGACUGAAUUUGGAUUUUGACAGUGGAAUGGUGACAAGUGUUGAGGAGCAAUCAUCUGUAGAUGAACUGUUCACAAGUCUGGUGAAUGGAACUCUGCUUCCAUCAGCUCUUGUCUGGGUGACAUCACGACCAGCAGCAGCUAAUCAGAUCCCUCUUGAGUAUGUUGGGUUAUUCACAGAGGUGCGAGGAUUCACUGACCAGCAGAAGGACGAGUAUUUCAGAAAGAGAAUCAAAGAUGAGACUCAGGCCUCCAGAAUGAUUUCACACAUUAAGAAAUCUCGUAGUCUCUACAUCAUGUGUUACAUUCCCGUGUUCUGCUGGAUCACAGCCACUGUUCUUCAGGAUAUCCCCAUUGAGAACAAUACAGAGAACAUCAACACGACACUCACUGAAAUGUACAUCCACUUCCUGCUGAUACAGAUGAACAUGAAGAGCCAGAAGCACGACAGAAAAACAGAAAGAGUCCAUACCAAGCUCUUAGAUUCCAAUAAAACAAUGAUUCUGAAUUUAGCUAAGCUAGCAUUUGAACAACUGAAGAACGAAAACAUUGUUUUCUAUGAAGAAGAUCUGAGAGCAUGUGGUAUUGAUGUGAGUGAAGACUUUGAGUCCACAGGAAUGCUCACUGAGAUCUUUCAGCAAGAAGCUGCACUUCAUGAGAUAAAGGUCUUCUGCUUUGUGCAUCUGAGUGUUCAAGAGUUCCUCGCUGCAGUGUACGUGUUCCUCUGCUACCUGAACAACAACAUGGACGAGCUGCAGUUUUUCACCGAACAAACACAAAACGAGGUUAGACCCGACCAUGUCGACAAGCCAGACAAAAAUAUUGCUUUACAUGAUUUACUGAAGAAAGCUGUUUGGAAAGCAAUGCAAAGUCAGAAAGGACAUUUAGACCUAUUUUUACGGUUUCUGCUGGGCAUUUCACUGGAAUCCAAUCAGAAACUGCUCAGAGGCCUUUUCACACACAUUGAAGACAGCAAAGACAGCAUCACAGAAAUAACCAAACACAUUAAAGAACUAUUAAAAUACCAGACACUCAUCUCACCUGAAACUUCAGUCAACCUGUUCUACUGCUUACUGGAGCUCAAUGACAAUUCAUUAUAUACAGAAAUUCAAAGAUACUUCAGAUCAUCUGCAGAAAGAAGACUCUCGUCUUCAAUGAUCUCAUUGAUGGCUUACGUACUGCUGAUGUCAAAGGAAGUGCUGGAUGUGCUCGACAUGGGAAGGUACUAUACUGAACCGGCAGGCUAUAGGAAUCUCCUGCCAGCUGUGAGAUGCUGCAGAAAAGCAAAACUCUCCCAUUGUCUUCUCGAUGACACCUGCUGUGAAACUGUGGCUUUGGCCCUGCAGAUACCAAACUCACCCCUGAUUGAGCUGGACAUGAGUGGCAAUUUCCUGUAUGACUCAGGAGUGAAGCUGAUCUCUGAAGAGCUGAAGAGCCCAAACUGUCAGCUGAAGAAACUGAGGUUUGAGAUAAACAAGACUGAGAUUGUUUCUAAGAUAAAUAAAUUAAAGUGCCAUCUCUUUGUUAUUAGAUAAUAUGAUAGUAUUAUAUAAUACAACAAAUUCUGCAAAUCAAAUAUAUAGAGGUGUGUGUGUGUGUGUG